UUCAAUGGGGCACACGGCAAGUCGUAAUCAAAAUAGUGCUCAAUAUAGAAAGAAAAAACAGUGGAAAAAUCAGAAUGCUGCUUCUAAAUGGGCAGAAGAAGAUCUCGGACGGAAGGUCAGCGCUCUUCUGGAAUCGAAUGCCCACAGAAGAGAUGCAGUUAUUCUUCCCACGACAAGUGAAAUGAUUCAGUCUUACCAGGCAUCUAGAAGAGGCUCAGCUGCUCCAUCGGAAAAUAACUGGGUGAAGUUGUCUUUUAACGGAGAGAAAGAUCAUCUCAAUUGGCUGAAGGAUCAGCAAAGAAUAGAAGCGAUGACAAAUUUAAAUCAUGACGAUGAUACGCACUUGAGAAUAUAUCACGAUCAUAGUUCUUCAGUGUCUCCGUCGCACUCGAUUGAUAACAGAUGGACAAAUUCAAAGUAUCCUAAACCAAGACCAAAAGUGAUUAUGAAUUGGUUGCGUGAUCUCGAAAUCCUCAUAUCUGACGACGAAACUGAAGAAAAGGAAGAAGAACAAUCCCCCAUUUUCCGAAAUCGAAGUAUUCCCUUAGAAGAAGAACCAGAUCAGGAUAUAAUGGUUUCCACAGACAUACCGAUACCGAUUAAUUAUACAGAACGUAUUGUUCAACGGAACAGUAUCAUUGGGGUUGAUCGACAGAGCAGUGACCGUUCUACUAACGUCAAAUCGGAACAUGGAAAACUGGAUUUGACAACAAGUGCAGGUAUUGAGCCAUCAUAUUUAAUGGGUGCUGCAUCGAGUAUAAAAGUACUACCAACGUUACCACGAAAAUACAGAAAGAAUGAUGAUAGCACAGAAGAAGAUAGUUCAUCAAAAAAGCCAAGUCGUAGAACCAGUAAGAACGAUUCGGAAAGUCAAAAAGCGAGUUCGUCUUCAAGCGUGUCAUCAGAAAGUAUCACCACGUCGAGUGUUCACGCAAGUGAAGAAGAAGACGGCUAUUCUCCUCCGUGGGAAAACAAUGAUGAGUAUGAAAAAAAUAAAGGCGUUCUUACUAGGUUGAAGGCAAAGGGUUUGAAAAGCAGUUCGUUCACGGGCUUUGGUCAACGAGACUUUGGACUGUCUUCUUCUCGAUAUGAUGCGGAAUAUCGAAAACUUAGAGUGCGUAACGACAUGAACUUUAGAAAAGCUUUACAAAAUUCGGUUACACCAUCCGCACGCGAAGAAAGGCGACGAUAUACAAAAAGGCGACAAUAUAAACCAAUGUUUUGGAGCAGUCAGUUAAAUAAUUUUUCACUGUCUUCCCCUAUUGGGCGUACAAAAUAUGAUCCUGCAGAUUCUGCGUACGACAGAUAUGGACGGUACGUUCCGAGCCGUUCAAGAAUAAAAAAAUCGAGACGCAAAUUAACGCCACCAUCUACGUACGGAUUUGAUCCUUAUACGGAUGCAGAUUUGUCAGAAGAAAGACAUAUUCGAAUUGGCGAACUCGGUCGUCGUGAAAGACAUAAUUCAAGAAACACUUCUGGUAUAUAUUACCAUCCAUCCGUCUCGGACAGUGACACUACGAGCGUUUCCAGCUCCGAUGACGAGUUGUAUGCGCAGUUACCACAUUCUUCAAGGAUUUGGAGAGGAGAUGAUCAGAUGGUGUCCAACCUCCCCACGGUACGCCGACAGAAUAAUAAACCGACGUAUUGGCAUGAACCUAAUAACUCGUACUACCAUGGAUCAAGGUAUCAACUAUCACAUCAAACAGCAGGUGAUAUACCUACAAGGAAACGCAUUGAAGGACGGAAAAAACAUUCGUCUGCAAAUUCACCCAACGGCCCGUCUAUACCUCGUUUGCGUGAAAAGCACUUCUUUGAAAGAAGUUUUGGAAAUACCUCAAGAAUGGACCAGUUUGUCACACGAUAUUCAGGACCGCAGCAGUCAUCACAGCUGGCAAGGGAAGUGAUUAAAUCUAACGGGAACUCAUCUCUAAAUAGGCGCCAUCUGCAACAUCGUUUGACUACUAGCAGUCUUUCCGACAUAGAUCCAGCAUUAGAAACCAAAAUGAACACUAUGGUUCGAGAUAUGGUGUACGGCAGUUUAGAAAAACGAAAACCAAGACCAAACAGGGGAAGCAUAUCCUCUGGCAAAGUAGAUUUAUUUGAAGGGAAUUCGGAUCAUAGCAACAAGAAUAGAGCCGUAGGUGCUAUUCACGAAAGGGUUGCAUCCGCCCUUGCAUCCGUUCUCAUGUCAAAGUCAUUUCCAAAUUCCAAUAUUAGCGAGAAACGCUGAACAUAUUAAAAAAAGAAAAAUACAUCUGUCAAUGCCUUAAAACGUAAUUUAACUUUUUUUUUCCGUUUUAGGAUUUUUUUUAUAUACAAAUCUUGUUCCAUUUGUACAUCAAACCUUGAUGCAUGUCUGAGGUGCUUGGAGAUUAACAUGCCGUAUCAAAUGACUUGUUUUGUGGUAUUUUUAUCUUUGGGAUACUUGGAGAAAAACCUCAUCGGAGCAGUCUCAUAACAUGGUGGAAAAAACACUGUAUUUCAAACCAACGUUAAUAACAAAUUUUCUAUCUUUAAUAUACACCGGAUUCAAAUCGCGGGUGGGGCACAUUCGGACACUCCCCUUGUGCACAAUGGGGCAAUCUAUGACGAAAUAUCCCGUUAAAAUUAGCAACAAAUCAGUAUCUAAAAAAACUGUGAGACUCCGAUUUUGGAGAUUUAGUAUUUUCGAAAGCCAAAAUAUUUCAGAUCUUUUCCAAUAAAUUAUUAAUACAAAAUUUCCGCAUUGACAACAUAAAACCACUUUG